AUGGAUACUGUUGUCCCAAUACAAUCUCAAAGUUCUGCCGAAACAUCAGCAAUGAAUGGCUAUUACACGCCCAAAGGAUAUUUGAAUCAGAAAAUUGUGAAAGAGUGAGUCAAACAUUUUUUUUCUGAAUUAUGAAAUUGAUUUUUUUUGCAGAGCCGAAAAUUCAGUAAAUCAAUCUCCAAGAUAUUCAACAACUUCGGCGGAUUAUAGCGUUCCAGUUUCACCGAUUUCAAAAUUUCCGUCUUCCUCGCCGCUUAUUGUUAUAAGGUUAGUGGAUUUUUUCAGAAAUGAAAAAUAAAAAUGCCUAGAAAAAAUGCUGAUACAAAAUCAUUUUCAAAAAUUUUAAAACACAAUUUCAGUCCGAGAAUUUGUGACACUUGGAAGAGAACCGAUAUGGCCUAGAAACCCAAAUUUUGGUUUUCUCUUCCAAGACUCUUAUAUUUUCGGAUUGACAAUAUGCACCUUUUCAGUACCUUUUCUUAUUUUUGUAAUAUGAAAAGAGCCAGUAAAAAAAUUGCGAAAAAAAAACUUCAAAAUUUCAAAUUGCCGCCACAUUCAGCUGUGUAAACACUGCGACGCAAUUUUGCGUACAGGAAGAUUUUUUCAUAUUUCAUCUCUAUUUUAUCUUUGGUUCAAAUUGGCCAGAGGCUUUGUGGGUGGUCUCCUCCUUUAAACAUUCCCGAAACAACCCAAAAUUAUUUCCAGUCCACCAGAUGGUUCAACAUCUCCAACAACCCUAAUUCCAACAACAGUUUCAUCUCACCAGCAUCAAAAUCAUCACACCCUAGCCUCAAAUGCUCCAUCGCUUCCCACACAUUUUGCACUUUCUCCACAAACUUCUCUAAUGCCCGAAUACACUCAUCGGAGAAGUUUGAUUGUGGCAAUUAUCGCGGCAGGACUCGUGUUUUUAGCCGUCAUUUUUAUGGUUUUAUUAGUUUUGAAUGUAUAUAAUUAGUAUUUUUCCUCGGGGGAAAAAGUUUAGAUACGGUGUAUAUUUUGCAUAAGCUCAAUAAAAAUUGUAUAAGAAUUGAAAGAGUUUAUUGGGAGGAUUUUGAAUUUACAGUAAUUAUGAAUAAAAAACUUUUUCCCAAUAUUUUCAAAUCUCAUCUGUUAACUCCCCCCCCCAAACCUCAAAAUAAACUAACUUGACUGGCCCGUUCCGUGAGAAGUUGUUGAUCUGUUCGAAUCCUGUCCAAACGAAACAUCUUCUUGUUCGGAUCCGGAACUUCGGAAGCCUGAAACUUCUACAUUCUUUUUCUCAAAAUUUUCGCCUAUUCUUAAACUUACAUCAAAAAUGACAAUUGUGGAUUUGAUGGGAACACUGCAUUCUGUGACUGUUGUCUCUAAAAAAAAAGAAAAUAAAAAAAUGUAAAACCCAUUAAUAACACUUUCUGCGCUGAAAAAAACGACUUAAAAAACCAGAACAAAUCAAAAAAUAAAAAUAUCGUGCAAAAAAAAAACAAAACAACGAUACUCCGCGUGCGCGUUGUUUAGCUUGUUUGUUUUGUUUUUUCUUGCAGUGUAGAUGAGAGAGUGUGGGAAAUGGAGAGAGGGUUAGAGAGAGAGAUAUGUUUUUAUUCAAAAAGAAACUAUUGAUUGAACGCUUUUUUUUUAGUUUUUUUCCAACCCUUGAGAAAGAUCUUUUCCGAAUUUAAAUUGGAUUUUUUUUGUACAUUUUUUAAUGUUCUUAUUUUUUUAGAAACAACAGUCACAGAAUGCAGGGGUCCCAUCAAAUCCACAAUUGUCAUUUUCUGAGGUAAGUUUAAGAAUAGGCGAAAAUUUUGAGAAAAAGAAUGUAGAUAUUUCAGGCUUUCGAACAAGAUGAUGUUUCGUUUGGACAGGAUUCGAACAGAUCAACAACUUCUCACGGAACGGGCCAGUCAAGUUAG